UCUCUCUCUCUCCUCCGGCCGCGGCUGCUCCCCCCCCCCCCUUUCGUCCCCCAAAAUCUCCGCGCCUCCGAGAAGAUUCCACCGGCGGCGGACGACGACGACGAAGAGGAUGGUGGGGAGCGUCGGGAACGGCCUGGUCGACCUGGGUGGCGCAGCCGUGGCCGUGAACGGCGUCGGGAAGGGGAUGCGCCCCGAGGCGGUGGCGGUGGCGAUGGAGGUGGAGUCGCCGCCGAGGCCUGCGGAGGAGGAGGGGGAGGGGUCGCCGACGAGGAGGGAGAUCGUGCUGGGGAGGAACGUGCACACGGCGUCGUUCGCGGUGAAGGAGCCCGACGCGGACGACGAGGAGACCGGGGAGCGGGAGGCCGCCAUGGCCAGCGUCCUCGCGCUCUACCGCCGCAACCUCGUCGAGCGCACCAAGCACCACCUUGGUUACCCGUAUAACCUGGACUUCGACUAUGGUGCACUUGGCCAGCUGCAACACUUCUCCAUCAACAACCUUGGUGAUCCCUUCAUCGAGAGCAACUAUGGUGUACAUUCCAGGCAGUUUGAGGUGGGAGUAUUGGAUUGGUUUGCUCGCAUCUGGGAGUUGGAAAAGAAUGAGUACUGGGGGUACAUUACAAACUGUGGCACAGAAGGAAACCUGCAUGGUAUUCUUGUUGGGAGAGAGGUAUUCCCUGAUGGAAUCCUGUAUGCUUCCCGUGAGUCUCACUAUUCAGUAUUCAAGGCAGCAAGGAUGUAUAGGAUGGAUUGUGUUAAGGUGGACACCCUUAUUUCUGGGGAAAUAGAUUGUGAAGAUUUUCAGAGAAAGUUAUUGCUAAACAGAGACAAACCUGCCAUUAUUAAUGUUAACAUUGGAACAACUGUUAAGGGGGCUGUCGAUGAUCUUGACUUGGUUAUUAAAACACUUGAAGAAGGUGGCUUUAAAGAUCGGUUUUAUAUCCAUUGUGACGGUGCUCUUUUUGGACUGAUGAUACCAUUUGUCAAGAAGGCACCUAAGGUAUCAUUUAAGAAGCCUAUCGGGAGUGUGAGCGUUUCCGGGCACAAGUUUGUAGGAUGUCCCAUGCCAUGUGGUGUCCAGAUAACAAGACUGGAGCACAUAAAUCGUCUUUCUAGCAAUGUUGAAUAUCUGGCAUCAAGAGAUGCGACGAUCAUGGGAAGUAGGAACGGCCAUGCUCCGAUCUUCCUCUGGUACACCCUGAACAGGAAAGGCUACAGGGGCUUCCAGAAGGAGGUCCAGAAGUGCCUGAGGAACGCUCACUACCUGAAGGACCGCCUCAAGGAAGCUGGAAUCGGCGCCAUGCUCAACGAGCUGAGCAGCACCGUGGUGUUCGAAAGGCCCAAGGACGAGGAGUUCGUCCGGAGGUGGCAGCUCGCCUGCGAGGGCAACAUCGCUCAUGUCGUGGUGAUGCCCAGUGUGACCAUCGACAAGCUGGACUACUUCCUGAACGAGCUGACGGAGAAGCGGGCGACCUGGUACCAGGACGGAUCAUGCCAGCCUCCCUGCCUCGCCAAAGACGUAGGCGAGGAGAACUGCCUCUGCAGCAUCCACAAGAAGUGAAGAGGAGCUUAUAUAUUAUAACAAGGAGCCAUGUUGCAGUGUAGCUUUGUGUUGUUGUCGUGGCCUGAAGUUAGUACUCCUAAUGCGUUGUGUUGUACCCCGAUGCCUUCUGUAUGUAAUAAUGCGUUAUGCAGUCAGUGCAGCUUAUAAUGUUGUUAUCGUCAGGAUAUUACAGUUAAGUUAAAAUUGAUGGGAUGAAAAUUGCAUCAUCUUUACCU